AUGACGACUACGCAAGCCCUCGAGGAUGGGCAAUAUCCCGUCAAGCUGUACGUCUAUGACCUCUCGAGGGGCAUGGCGAGACAGAUGUCACUGUCGUUGACUGGUCGUCAAAUUGAUGCAAUCUGGCACACAAGUAUUGUGGCAUGGGAUAGAGAGUACUUCUUCGGUCAAGGCAUCUCGGUCGUUUAUCCAGGAACAUCUCACCAUGGAGCUCCUCUCGAGACCUUUCAUCUUGGCACCACCUCCAUGGACCGCGAGACAUUCGAAGGCGCUUUGCUUCCUGACUUGCGAGAUCGUUUCCGUCCUCAAGACUAUCAUCUGAUCAACUGGAACUGCAACCACUUUACCCAAGAGGUAGCACAGAUCCUGACUGCCAGCGACAUCCCUGCACACAUCCGUUCACUUCCGCAAGACUUCCUCAGCACUCCGUUCGGCCAGAUGUUACAGCCUCAGAUCGAUGCCAUGUUCCGACAGCCUUCGCUAGACUUCACGGCGCCAUCUGCUGCUGCAUCUAGUCCACUCGACAACAAUCUGCUCAAUCAAGUGGCCUCUCGCGCCUAUGCAGGCAAUACACCUGUCGAGGCCAAUUCGUCUGCAAAGCCAUCUUCAUCUGCAAAGCCAUCUUCGUCCGACCCCAUCCGUUACUUGACCAGCCAAGCCCAGCUUUGCGAGAUCCUUUCACUCUUCCCCUGUGUCGCCGUUCUGUACACCUCGGAAUCAUGUCCGCCAUGUCGCAUCAUCAAGCCCGCAUUCCAAGAUCUGGCGCAUCAUCAUCACGCGGAUGAGUCAACUCCUGGCAAUCACAAACGUGUAGCUUUCGUCCAGGUGGAUUCCAACGCCUCCACCUCGACCCUCUUUGCCCACUCUCAGGUGACAGCAACCCCUACCGUCAAGCUCCACACCUUUGGCAAGGAGAGCAACCAGGUUAGAGGUGCUGACCUUGGCCAGCUCAAGACUGCUGUCGAGCUGAUGCUCUCUGAGGCCUAUCCGCCGCACCCGCACGCACGUCUCUGCAAACCACUAGAGUCACUUGCUUCUCUGCCUUGGCAACCUCAUCUCUACUCGACCAUCCCAAACCUGUCUUUGUUGCUUCACAAGAUCGACACGGCCAUCUCGCAGCACUCAGCCAAGAGCUUCGCCGAGAAAGCUGAUCUGCAAGAGGCACGCAAGAUGAUUGCCAACACCUGGAUCCCAUCGCUAGAGUCGACAGGCGACAAGAAGACCAACAAGCCGCUACCAGAUGCGCUUGCUGAUGGCACGUCGACAGUUGCAAAGCUUCUUGCUGCAUCUCUCCAGAUCGACAGUCUCUUUCCUGUGCUCGACCUCUUCCGUCUUUCGGUCCUGCAGGAAUCGUAUGUGAGACGUCUCUUCCACAAUCCCACAGCGGCGGAUCGUAGAGAGAUCAACGGCAUCACUCGUCUCUUAUCGCAUGUCUCUCAAGUGGCAUACAAAGGCGAGUCGUCUGCAAGUCAAACGCCACUGUUUCUCAUAGCCGCUCGCCUGUUGACCAACUUGGCUGCCUCAACUCCCUUUGUCCAAGUCAUCGAGUCGCACGAGACUGUACGCAGUCUCGUUCUCGAACUGACCACCAGCCUUCUUCUGUGUCGAGAUGCUCGAGUACGAAGCGCAGCAGCAAGUUGCGCUUUCAACCUUGCCCUUCAUCAGCAUGCCCAACGGCCCGAUUGGAUCAACCGUGAUCCUCAAGCUCCGCCCAUGCUUGGCAGUCGCUUAGGCGAAACGUGGGAAUCUGAACUAGCCUCUGCAUUGCUUCAAGCGAUCAUCAACGAGUCAGAGUCCGAUGAAACGCUACAUCGACUCCUCGCUGCUCUCACGCUUCAUGUUCAUCUCUCGCAGUUCUGGACGGAGAGCGUUGGCCCGAUGUUACAGGUUUUGGAGGCCCAAGCGGCAUUAGACGCUAAGCAAAAUGACAAGUUGGUCAUCGGCUCGCCUAAAAACUCGGACCUCACGAAGCUGUUGAAGGAUCUCAUUGUUCUCUUGUCCUCAGAUACUGCACAGUCGUAA